AUGUUCAGAAACAUCGUUCGCCCUAGUAUUCGUCAAUUCUCUAGAAAGGCAACACCAAAUGAUAAAACUAUCAACAACUUGAUUUUACCUAAGGAAUCAAAGGUCAUCAUUCAAGGUUUUACCGGUAAACAAGCUACCUUCCACGCUAAAAUCUCUCAAGAAUACGGUACAAACAUCGUCGGUGGUACUAAUCCAAAGAAAGCUGGUCAAACUCAUUUGGGACAACCAGUCUUUGCCAACGUUAGAGACGCCGUAAGAGAAACCGGCGCUACAGCAACCGGUAUCUUUGUCCCACCACCAAUUGCAGCUGGUGCCAUUAGGGAAGCAAUUGAAGCAGAAAUCCCACUUGCUGUCGCUAUUACAGAAGGUAUCCCACAACAUGACAUGCUUUACGUGUCAGAAAUGUUGAAAUCUCAAGAUAAGACCAGAUUGGUGGGUCCAAACUGUCCAGGUAUCAUAAACCCACGCUCCAAUGUUAGAAUUGGUAUCCAACCAACCAGAAUUUUCAAGCCAGGUAAGAUUGGUAUUAUUUCCAAGAGUGGUACUUUGACUUACGAGGCUGUCCAACAAACAACUUUGGCUGGUUUGGGUCAAACUCUUGUUAUCGGUAUGGGUGGUGACGCUUUCCCAGGUACCGAUUUCAUUGAUACUUUGAAAUUAUUCCUAGAAGAUAAGGAAACUGAAGGUAUUAUCAUGCUUGGUGAGAUCGGUGGUAAGGCAGAAAUCGAAGCCGCCGAAUUCUUGAAAGAAUACAAUUUCAACAGACCAAAUCCAUUGCCAGUUGCCUCUUUCAUUGCUGGUACUGUUGCCGGUCAAAUGAAGGGUGUCAGAAUGGGUCACAGUGGUGCUAUUGUCGAAGGUAGCGGUACCGAUGCCGAGUCGAAGAAGAAAGCUCUAAGAAGUGUUGGUGUUAAUGUUGUCGAGUCUCCAGGUCAUUUGGGUAAGGCACUUUUGGAUGAAUUUGCUAAAUUGAAGUAA